CCGCCGCGCUUUUACCCGCGCUACGUGCUGCCGCUCGCCUUCGGCAAGUACUUCGCGUCCGUGUCGGCGCACGUCAGCAUCUGGAAGGUGCCCGUGUCCUACGCGCACACCGUCAAGGCCACCAUGCCCAUCUGGGUGGUCCUGCUGUCCCGGAUCAUCAUGAAGGAGAAGCAGAGCACCAAGGUGUACCUGUCCCUCAUCCCCAUCAUCAGUGGCGUCCUACUGGCCACCGUCACCGAGCUGUCGUUCGACAUGUGGGGUCUCGUCAGCGCCCUCGCGGCCACGCUCUGCUUCUCACUGCAGAACAUCUUCUCCAAGAAGGUGUUGAGAGACUCUCGGAUCCACCACCUGCGGCUGCUGAACAUCCUGGGCUGUCACGCCGUCUUCUUCAUGAUCCCCACGUGGGUUCUGGUGGACCUCUCGGCCUUCCUGGUCAGCAGCGACUUGACGUACGUGUCCCAGUGGCCCUGGACGCUCCUGCUUCUGGCUGUCAGCGGCUUCUGCAACUUCGCCCAGAACGUCAUCGCCUUCAGCAUCCUCAACCUCAUCAGCCCCCUGAGCUACUCUGUCGCCAAUGCCACCAAGAGAAUCAUGGUCAUCACGGUGUCCCUCAUCAUGCUGCGCAACCCGGUCACCAGCACCAACGUCCUGGGCAUGAUGACGGCCAUCCUGGGCGUCUUCCUCUACAACAAGACCAAAUAUGAUGCAAACCAGCAAACCCGGAGACACCUCCUCCCCGUCUCCACGGCUGACCUGGGCAGCAAGGAGCAUCUGCGGAGCCCGCUGGAGAAGCCCCACAACGGCAUCCUCUUCCCCCAGCAUGGUGACUAUCAGUAUGGCCGCAGCAGCGUCCUGACGGAUCACUUUCAGUACAGCCGCCAGAGCCAGCCGAACUCAUACGCCCUGAACCGCUACGACGUGUAGAGGCCACAGGCGCUGCGCUGCUUCCCCACGCCCGGCACGAUCACAGACACCCGGCCACCGGCGAGGAGGGGCGUGAGUGGCCAUCGCAGGGCCGAGGAUCCCGGCCCCCGUGGGCGGCAGGAUGUGACUGCAGCACCUUGGAUGCCACAGGCUCUGGGCAGAGGGACAGCUGAGGAGACCAUGUCGCCUGCUCUCCUUCCUGAAGUCUGUCGUCACAGAGCCUGGAUCCUGGGGAGCUCUGGGCCAGGCUUUACGUUUGUGUGUCAGAGUUCUUGUUUGGUUUUCUGGGUGACACGGAGGACCCUCUCAGGAGAAGUGGAAUCACUGUGGCUACAGACCUGGGAGCUGGGGACGUUUUGUAGUUGUGCGUGAUUUUAUGCCUUGGUCCUCAUGGAGGGACACAGCAGGACUGGUUUAUGGACUGGAAACCAUUUUGUUUCUGUGUUUAAAAAAGGAAAAAGUUCUACUGGAGGCGGCUGCCUGCUGUAUUUUGGCAAUAAGCGGGGAGCGAUGAAGUGUCGCGAAGCCUGUCCUCGGUGACCACAGUCGCCGAAGAUGGAGCGGAUGCCAGGCACCACAGUGUCCUGUGUAAUCAACCAGGCCACAGUGCUUUGCAUCCGUUUCUGUGCUGCGUUCACUUCGGGAUCUGAUCACGUCCUGGGUAACGGAGAAGGGACGAGCCUCAAGCUGGAAUCUGGUUUGCACAAUCAGACUCUUAGGCCAAGAGGAAGUUUGGGAACCCAGCACGCUGGCACACGCCUACAGUCCCAGCUGCUUGGGAGGCCGAGCCACGAGGAUCGUUGAGCCCAGGAGUUCCAGGCCAGCGUGGGCCACACAGCAGGACCCUGUCUCUAAAAAGAAAAGACAAGUUUGCAUCUUGGGAGAAUCACAGUAGGAAACCUGCAGGACCCAGGGUGCUGAGGUCUGAGUGGCAGCUCACCCCUGGCACCAUGAAGGACCGUGCCCUCUUGGAGGGACCACUGGCUUUGACUUGUGGGGUCUUUGGGGUACUUGCCCUCCUUCCUGUUCCCAGCUUCUGGCUGAACUGGGGACAGUGAAUCAGAUGGAGCAGCCAUCUGCCCCUCGUCUCCUGGCGAGCACGACAUUCCCCCGUUCGGAGAGGAAGUGACGCAGCUUGCGCUGACUCCUGGUGUGGCCGGGCGCUCUGUGCGUUUUGGUAAUUGGGAUUUUGUAUUUUGGGAGGCUGAGUUUGUCAGCUUCUUUUCCUGCUUGUCUGAGAGCUGACGCACUCCAGCCUCGGGAGGGUCUGCUUGUCCGUCUCGUUUGCUUGCUUUAUAAAUACUUUGGCCCAGGUUUUGAGACGAUUGUCGUGUGCAGGGAUCCUGGCUGGCCUUCCCUGAAGGCAUGGUGUCUGUCGAGUGACAAGAACCGGCAGAGCCACACUGAGAAGGUAUUAAUGGUAGUCGUGACGAUGGUGACCCUGUCAUUGAGCCCCAAGCAGCACUGGGCCUCUGCUUGGGUUUCAUGAAGUUUCUGCUGUUGCUGAAAUCUGUAUAUUGAUGUGUUUUCCUUUUCCACACAAGACCUGCUGGUGAGGGGAUGACCAGCUUGGGUUUCUACGGUUUCUAAAUGAAUAAAUGGGAUAUUUAAUUCUGUACAUAAACUUACAGCAAGUAUGUGCAGUGGAACGACUGUGACGAUCACAUCAGAACAAGACUCAGGGUCACGGUGGACAUUGGCCACCCAUGCCCCCAAGGCUCCCAGCCCCCGUUGGGUGUGACCGGCAGCACUUGGCCUUGCCCGCCUCCUUUGCUUUACGGACACGGAGGCCCUCAGGCCUCCAGGUUCACGAGUGUGACUUGGUGUGGGUUCUUAGACGGCUCUUUUUAGGUCACUCGUUACAGGGGGAAUCAGACCCUCCCUGGAGACAAGUUCAGUGAGUUAGAGUUCGGACUCCCAGAAUUUGCUGUGUAUGUGGUCUACAGCAGGCGACAUGUUGUUACCUGGGACAUACAGACCCGAACACCUUAAGGUCUUGCAACCUUUAGGAGCUAGAACUAAGUUGUCAUAGGACCUAAGAACCGUACCUUCGUGUUCCUGAGACUUCCGUGCUGUAGACCGUCCUGUAGAGUCACUGUGAUGGCUGGCACUUACCAAAAAUAAACGGUGUCUCCAGGGGACUGAGACUGCUCCCGGUUUGUCAUCGGGGUCUCUUUAUCAGUGGGCCUGUCUUCACCGUGCCCAGUAAUGAGGCCCAACAGGGAGGAAGUCACAAAGCACCUCCGUUCCCACGCCUGGCCAUCACACCCCGCCCCCAUUUUUUUCUUUUCCUUCUGAGCUGAAAAUUAGGCCUUGAUCUGUGGAAUCUGCGAUCUGGGGGUCGUGUGAUAAAACCAGAAUUACAGCUAAGGCGAAUGGCAAGUCUUUACUUAGCAGUGACAGAGAUCCAGGUCCGCCGUGGCAGCUGCACUCAGGAAGCACUGGGUGGAGGGACAGCAGCUGGCACUGAGCACCAUGACGGUGUGGUGGUGGGCGCCUCAGUCCUCUUAGGCUCCCCCUUACUGUUUUGGUUCUAGUUUUGUGAUGCCCCAGCCCCGCAUUGUUUUAGUCACCUCAUUUUCCAGGUGACAACUUGGGCCCCAGGGCAUCAGGUCCCUCUACUUGCCUGGAAUCACAGAGUCGUCCCCACCAGCGAGUGUCCUCCAGAUGGUGGAGGACGGAUGAGGUUCCUGCUAACACUACUGCCCACAUCUUUCUAUUUAGCUUGUAAUCCUGUUUUCAGUGAUUUACUGAACGAUUCGUUUGUGCCAAGUAACAGCGAUGGACAUGUGAGCCUACCCAGAAAGGCCACCCAGCUUAACUUAUGGACGGGUGACUUCGGAGACAGGCGCUGUUGGACGUACAGAAAAGACACACACGAGCAAAGUCCAGGCCAACCACUGAGGGCAGGGGGGGUGUUUUAUUUGAUUUGUAGUUACAGUCACAGCGGGUCAGGACCCAGCAGACAGCUGUCAGCCCAUUACACAGAACAUCAUGCUAGGCCCGUGCGACUGACACGGACCCCGGGAGUCUGUCUGGAUGGUAUGCGGACUAACAUCACUGCUAGGUAAACCCUGAAGCCUGUGUGGACGAUGCCAGAGGCCUGCAGGGUCAGGCCUAGUGGUGACCCUGUGGAGACUCCAGCUAGACACCAAAGUCCAAGUUCCGCUGGGACAAGCUCAGGAAUGUCCUCUGCCUUGCCUCCCUGAGGCGCCCCCUUAGUGACCAGGAGUCUGUUGGUGACCUGAAGUCAUAGUUGGAGCCCAGGAAUCCUACUUGUUGCAGGACGGAGGCCCUCUCCACUGCCCCUAGACCCAGCCUCUUCCUGGGACAGGACAGGACCGUGGCAGUCCCCAGACCACUGUAUGGCUCCAGCAUGCUGAUAGCAUGCGGUUCACACUGGGGCCACACUGAGGCCUCUGGUCCACAGGGGUCAGUCUCCUCAGCCAGCCAUGGCAUCUUUAAGUAUUGUCCGUGCUUUUUUAUGUUUGAAAAACUUGUUAAAGAUAAAAGAGUAUCUUUAAACGAUCCAAGUACUGAGGACACAAUCACAAUUUCCAGGCCGUAGCAGUAAGUGAACACACAGCUUAUCUCUGGAGAACCCAUCAGAACUGACACGCAGCUGCCUCAGGGAAGGUGACACACACAUUCUCUUUAAAAAACAAAUCAGCCAGGUGCAGGUGGCUCAUGCCUGUAAUCCUAGCUGA